UUAAUGUUGGUCUCAUUGGAAUCUUGACAGUCCUUUUCCGGUCAAGACAAAUUGUCAUCAACAUGGGUAAACCCCGUGGAUUAAAAACCGCCAGAAAACACGUUAACCACAGGAGAGAUCAGCGAUGGGCUGAUAAAGACUAUAAAAAAGCUCAUUUAGGAACUAGAUGGAAGGCCAAUCCUUUCGGAGGUGCUUCCCACGCUAAAGGAAUCGUCCUAGAAAAAGUAGGCGUUGAAGCCAAACAACCCAACUCUGCCAUCCGCAAGUGCGUGAGGGUACAGCUGAUCAAGAACGGAAAGAAAAUCACCGCGUUCGUGCCCAGGGACGGUUGCUUGAACCACAUCGAAGAAAACGAUGAAGUUUUAGUCGCCGGAUUCGGUAGGAAAGGUCACGCCGUCGGUGAUAUUCCCGGAGUCAGAUUUAAGGUUGUCAAGGUAGCCAAUGUAUCGUUGUUAGCUUUAUAUAAGGAAAAGAAGGAAAGACCAAGAUCGUAAUUUGUUUUAAUAAAAUGUACACAUAAAAUUA